UCAGUGUCGAACGCGGAUUUCAGACGUGCGGUGGCCAAGAAAGAGAAGAAGAAGUAAUUUGUGCCGAGAAUUUAAAGCUUGCAACACACCAAAAACACACACACGUACACGGCACACCAACACACACACUACCUUUGGAGCUGAAAUCGAACGCAAAGAACACUGAGCAUAACGUUCGAGGAAAGUGAUACGAGCUGCUACCUGGAGUUGGAGUUUGAUUCAUUGAUCGACGAAGCGAAGCAAUGCGUCUCGACACGAACUCAAAUGUGGACUUUAAAGCAUUCGAAUCCAGCUCAAGCUCAUGUCCCAUCAAAUUGGAUAAUCUGGCCACCUGGGGUGGCUCACAGAAAACAGACACACGGCUGCCGAUCACGGACUACUCCAAUCUGGGCGGACCCCGGCACAAUCGAAGUCCCUUUCCACUGUGCAAAGAGGUCAACAAUCGCUUUGUAAUCUGGGAUGGUGACAUGACCACUCUGGAGGUGGACGCCAUCACAAACACCAGCGACGAGACUCUGACUGAAAGCAAUAGCAUAUCGGAGCGCAUCUUCGCAGUGGCUGGUAACCAGCUGCGCGAGGAGCUGAGCACCACGGUUAAAGAAUGCCGCACUGGGGAUGUGCGCAUCACGCGUGGAUACAAUCUGCCCGCCAAGUACGUGCUGCACACAGUGGCACCUGCCUACAGGGAAAAGUUCAAGACGGCCGCCGAGAACACGCUGCACUGCUGCUACAGAAACGUCCUGUGCAAGGCGAAGGAACUGAACCUGCACACCAUCGCCUUGUGCAACAUCAGUGCCCACCAGAAAAGCUUUCCCGCGGAUGUGGCAGCCCACAUUGCCCUGCGUACCAUCCGUCGCUAUCUGGACAAGUGCACCCUCCAGGUUGUGAUAUUGUGCGUGGGCAGUAGCGAGCGCGGCACCUACGAGGUUCUGGCCCCACUGUACUUCCCCAGGGAUCAGCUGGAGGAGCGCAGUGCCCUGUGGCAGCUGCCCAAGGACAUUGGCGGCGAGUUUGGGGAGCCGCAACAUCCGGAUCCCGAUCGCCAGAUACGGAUCAUCCGCAAUCCGCAGCACAGUGUCCACAUGCGUCACCGUUUAGCCGACGACGAUUCAGACGUGAGUCCACAAGACAUGGAGGGCAAUAGCUCAGAUCUGGAGUACGGAGCACGGGACAUGAACGGUCUCAGCCUGAACUCGUACAGCAGCGGAUUGCAGGCUCAGCUGCAGCGCGAUCUGGACCGGCAGCACCUGCUCAGCGAUCGCCCACGCACUGGAGUUUACGAGAAUGUCAUUUCCGAGGGAGUCGAGGGCAUUGAGCACCAGGAGAGAUACGAGCGCCUCCUACGUCGCGCCCAAGUCGAGGAUUUGACGGAGGUGUCCGGCAUCGGGUGCCUUUACCAGAGCGGCGUGGACCGCCUGGGUCGGCCUGUGAUUGUGUUCUGCGGCAAGUGGUUCCCCGCCCAGAACAUUGACCUGGAAAAGGCCUUGCUAUAUCUGAUUAAGCUACUGGAUCCCAUCGUUAAAGGAGACUAUGUGAUCUCGUACUUCCACACGCUGACAUCCACGAACAACUAUCCAUCGCUGCACUGGCUGCGUGAGGUGUACAGUGUGUUGCCUUACAAGUACAAGAAGAAUCUGAAGGCCUUCUACAUCGUGCAUCCCACUUUCUGGACUAAGAUGAUGACCUGGUGGUUCACCACGUUCAUGGCGCCAGCCAUUAAGGCUAAGGUGCACUCGCUUCCGGGUGUGGAGCACCUGUACUCGGCCAUCACAAAGGAUCAGCUGGAAAUUCCCGCCUACAUCACCGAGUACGACAUGGCGACCAAUGGCCUCCAUUACUUCAAUCCUGUGCCGACUGCCUCGUAGAUGGCGGCCAUCGUUGCUGUCUAGGACAGCUGGCAGCCACCAUAGCAUAUAGAUACAUAUAUAUAUAUAUAAAUCACAGAUACAUUUGUGAAGUUUUUAUAGAUUUUAUAGAACAUAUUUUAUUUUCGUGAUAAGUAAUAUUUGUUUACUUGCGCAUAACUUUCGAUGUUGUCGUUUAUCGAUUGACUUGCCGCAAGUUUUGUUGAACAUUGUGUAGCAUACUUUUAUGGGAGGUUCCGAGUCGCCCGGUAGCCCAAAACCAAUUAGCUAAAAUAUAAAUCGGCAGCCCCAAAAACGAGAUAAUUGUGUAAAACAUUCUUAUGAAUUGCAUGGAAAUUAGUUGAUUAGUUGGCAUCGGCAGAACAAAACCUUGUUAUUUCGCUAUAAAUAGUUGAAAAGUUGAGAUAUUGGUAGGAAAUCGAUGGGAUGAAUGAGGAGAAACCAAAAACGUUAGCAAUGCUAAACAAAAUAAAACUUGAUUAGUGAACCUGCAUGUACGGAUAUACAAUAUUAUUCUAAAUAUGAAAUUGAUAAAUUGUACUUGAUACUUGAUUACGGAAGGGAAAGUAUAUAUGAAUAAGUAUAAAUAUUGUUAGUUAUCUUUGCAAUUACAAAUUGUAUUAUUAAUGUAUUAAUACUAGAACUAACGCGUAUGCAGUUUGAUCCCCCGAUAUACAUAUACACACACAUACGUACUAUAAUUCAAUUGUAUUUAUACAUAACUAUAUACUAAAUAUACACAAUUAAUAAAUUAAACCUAACCAAACCAAACCAAACCAAACACGGAGGAGAACUCGACUCGCAGAGAAGCAUAUAUUUUAAAGCUCUGAGAAGCUGAGAAGUGCAGCAGGAGCCUGCAGAACCUUUUGUAGAUACUUACUAGAGCUCACCGUAAGGCCCUCCCAGCAAUCGAAACACCAAUAAAGAACCUAACGAAUAACAAGUAA